AUGGCUCCUCCUAAGACCGCUGAGAAAGCACCUGCUACCGCUGGCAAGGCUCCUGCAAAGUCCACUAGCAGUGCAGAGAAGAAGGACCGCAAGCCCAAGAACGAGGGUGGCAAGGGCCGCAAGAAGACCCGCUCUGAGACUUACUCCUCCUAUAUUUACAAGGUCUUGAAGCAGGUUCAUCCCGAUACCGGUAUUUCGAACAAGGCCAUGUCCAUUUUGAACUCGUUUGUGAAUGAUAUCUUUGAGCGUAUUGCUGGAGAGGCCUCCAAGCUUGCUGCUUACAAUAAGCGCUCAACUAUCUCCUCCCGCGAGAUUCAGACUGCUGUCCGUUUGAUCCUCCCCGGUGAACUUGCAAAGCAUGCUGUUUCUGAGGGUACCAAAGCUGUUACAAAAUACACCUCCUCCAAGUAA